AGGAGGGAGAGGUAGGGGAGAGGGAGAAAGGGAGAGAGAGAGACUGAGUCACUGCCUCAUCCCAGACCACAGUGCAGAGGAGCAGAACACAGCCCACUUACUCCUGGGCAAUCACUCCUGAGCACCAAAACUUUCCAAAGUUCUGCACCAGGAAGAAGCAAAUUGCAAAAGCACCUCGAAAAAUCAAAGUGGAUGAAAACGUCUGGAGAAUUAAAAACAUCACAAGGAUCUGAGCUUUCGCUGCCCCUCGUCAGAGUGAGCUCACGUUGCCCUCAGGGUUCCUGAAAGGAGGCAGCGGAGCGCAGCCGAUCACCUCGCCGGGCAAACGGAGACGCGGGAGAGUGAGCUGGGGCUGGAGGAGGAAGAGGCGCAAGAUCAAGAAAGAGGGAGAGUGAGACAAAGCACAGCCUCUCCACACCACUGUAGGAUGAGCAGCAGGGGCGGGACCCUGGAAAGGGGAGGGACCUUGGAAAGGGUUGUGGCCAUUGAAAGGAGCGGAACCAUGGAAAGGGAUGUGUCUCAGAUCCAGCCCUUAGACCUGGAGGAGAACGAGGCGGCCCGCCACACCCCGAGUCACACCCCAAGCCACACCCAGCUCCAGCACACCAACUCGGUAAGCUCCACGGCCCCAGGGACCCCGGCGGGGGGGCAGGGCGUGGUGGUGCCACCCCCGUACUCUGCAGCGGCCGGCGUGCCUGCCCCAGAGCUGCGGGGGACGCUGGACUGCUGGGCCUGCUCAGUGCUGGUCACCACACAGAACAUAUUCAUCGCCGCCGUCAACCUGGCCCUGGCGGGCGCAGUCUUCGGCCUCAUCCUCACCCCUGCUAUCGUCAUGGUGGUGUUCGGCUUCCUGUGCCACUCUACGGUGCGCCCCCAAGGGACGGCGGAGCUGUGCUCGGACCUGCUGGGAGACGCGGGGUGCGUGGCCCUGCUGGUGGUGGGGUUCCUGCUGGUGGCCCCCCUGCUGGUGCUGGCACUGGCCGCCUACUGCCGCCUCGCCCGGCACCUGCAGCUCAGCCUGUGCUUCAUUCCCUACAGCCGCGCCGUCUACAAGAACCUACCCGCCUCACAGCACCAAGGGCUCACAGGCUGCUGCAGCCAGCAGGGGGCAGCAGAAAGCAGGGGAAAGGGCAGCGUUUGGGUGUGA